AUGAAAGAGCAUAUUAGUGAGAAAGUGGUGUUUGGAAAAGAUACGACUGGUGCCGAAGUUGCGGAAAGGUUCAGAGAUGGGAUUCAGGGACGAUGUUUUCUAAUCACAGGCGUCUCUCCAAACUCUCUGGGCACCCAACUCGCCCAUAUUCUCGCGAACCACGCACCCUCGCACAUCCUCCUCGCUUCUCGCACACCAUCGAAUCUCCAGGAAGUCAAAAACACCAUCCUAUCCCAACACCCGCACCUCUCCAUCCAAACCUUCAUCCUCGAUCUCUCGUCCCUCUCCAGCGUCCGUACCGCAGCGUCAGAAAUCAUCGAGUACCUGAAAAAGAAACGAACGGGCAUUGAUGUCAUGUUUAACAACGCGGGGAUUAACAUCUCAACCCGCCAUCUCAGCCCCGAAGGCCACGAACUCCAAUUCGCCACAAACGUCCUCGGCCCAUACCUGCUCACCAAACUCCUCCUCCCCUUCCUAACCACUUCCUCUUCUCCAUACCAAACAAGGGUCGUGAAUACAUCAUCAGAAGCUCAUCGUAUUUCGCCAAUUCGGUUCAGUGAUUUACGUCAGGAACCAGGACGGUUCUGGGAUGUACCGCUGGAGGAAAUGCCGAGGAAAGGGUUACCGGAGGGGAUGCUGAGGGGAAGAGAUGGGAGGGAUGGUGGAGCGGUUGUUGAUGGGGGGUAUGAAGGGAAUGUUGGUUAUGGGAUGAGCAAGACGGGGAAUAUUUUGCAUGUGCUGAGGUUGAGGGGGAUGGGUGUUGGGGCGUGGAGUGUGAAUCCGGGGAGUUCGUAUCCCCUGAUUCUCCUUUUUUUCCUCCUUACUUUCUUGGGGUUUGGGAGACGAAACGAGAUGAUAUGGUGGGGAUAA